CCCAUCUCAUUUCUCAUCACCAACUGCAAUUAUCCGUUACACACUUGUAAAUCAUCACUUGUAUUUCAAAACCGAAGAAAAAAUGGCGCAAUACGGAGGAGAACAGUACCGGAAGGAGGAGGGCCACCACACCGGCGAGCAUGGUCACAAUUACAACACCACCGGCUAUGAUCAGGUUGGAGGUGUGGGAGCCAACGUCCACUCCACUGCCACUGGUCAGAACAUCGGUGGUACCGGAACCGGCAUGGGGAUGGGAGGUGGUCAUGGCUAUGAAGAAGGGAAGCAUGGUGGUGCCGGUGGGGGUAUCCUCCACCGGACCGGAAGUGGUAGUUCUAGCUCUUCGGAGGAUGAUGGAAUGGGAGGAAGAAGGAAGAAGAAAGGUGUGGUGGAGAAGAUCAAGGAGAAGCUGCCUGGCGGUGAUCACGGCGGCCACGAGCACAAUACUUCAGCCACCGGGCAUGAAUACAGUACUUCAGCCAGCGUAGGUGGCGGUGGUGGCGGCUAUGGACAUGAAGGUGCAGGUGAAGAACAUGAGAAGAAAGGACUGAUGGAGAAGAUAAAGGAGAAGUUGCCGGGUGGUCACUAGUGAUCAUUCCAUGAUGAAGAUAAAAUAUAUAUAUAGAUAUAAAGUUGUAUCAUCGUGUAUGUUAUGCAUGAUGUUAUAAUAAUCUGCUUUUGUGUUUGGUUGUGUGAUACGCAAAGGCAGGGUUUGACAGUUACUUUUGUAUGUUUGGGGCGUGGUUUGUGUUAUAUACAUGUGUCUCUUUUAUGCUUUUAUA